AUGCUGCAGUUUAAUCCGCACUGGGAGUGCUUCAUUCCGGCCAACAUGGAGACGUGCGGGCGGAAUGUGUUCGGAUUGAUCGACAGGCUUCUUCAGAACCACAGCACGGAUUUUGCUAACAUUAUCGAAUUGCCGAGUUCCUACAGGCCGCCAAAAGGUUGGGAAAUGGCCUGCCGCAAGGGCGGCGGUGGUGACACGGCCUGCAUUCUUUGGCGAAGUCUGGUUUGGGAGGUGGUCCAGCCGCACACGGAGUGCUGGUGGGGAAAUGGCCGGGCAUGCAACAUCAUGACCUUUCAGAACGUCCGCGUCAGUGACUUGAAGGUUACCGUGCUCGGUGCCCACUUUCCUCACGGAGCCGGCUCAGGCUUUUACCAGGACUUCGUUGGAACCCUGCGGUGGAAUCUGAAGAAGUCCAAAAACACCACAGACAAGGUCAUUCUGCUUGCGGACAGCAACGCCGGUCUGCAUGAAAAAUCCGAUGUGGGCAUCCUAGAGGAUCUGGCGCUGCUGCCUCCGCACACACGCGUGCCGACCCUUUGGUACGACUACAGGACAUGCUGCUACAACAUAGGCUUCCGGGCCUUUUUCGACCGAGUGGCGGCAAACUUUGGCAAGAAGUUGGAUCUGAUCCGCGAUGACGAAUACCGCUCCCUAUCUGGAGAUUUUCGCCAUGCGCCGCCCUUCGCUCAGGUCAACUUUCCCAACAGCAACGCCUUGGGAGCUUUUCACCAUCCGAUCUUGGCCCACCUUGUGCUGUGA